AUGCCUGGAACAACUGAUAAUAAUAAUGAACGUCACAACGAUGAAACAUCAGGCUUGUUACCUCCACAUGCGUUACCUUGCCCACCGCCACCACCACCACCAUUAGAACAAGAUAGUUCGACAUUGACUUCACCAUGGUGGUCAGAAGAACCACCUGCAGAACAAAUAGAAGGGGAAGCAGAUCAUAUUCCAUCCACAACAGACACUUUGCCAUUAACCGAAAAAGAUCCCACAUCGUCUACUCUGAAUAUCUCUGUUCUUUCAUUUAACAGAGCAUCGGCCAAAGAAAGCCCAAACCAAUGGAAAGAACGUUGUUUCUUAUUAGCUGCCACAGAUGGAUCUUUGAAAGAACACAAGAAGGAAACUGUACAAAAAGAAUUAGAAGAGAUAUUUGACAAGUCAAAAGAAUGCAGCAUGAUUUGCUUUUUACGAUCUAGUAGGCAGAUGACAAAGGAUAGACUGUUACAGGAGCAUGGUAAAUUACCUCUUACCUAUUCUUUCAAUCCGUUCUAUGGCACAUGGAUCACCAUAGCAAAGACUCCUACAAGGUGUAAAGAGCAUUUGUUGGAUGCUGGAAAUAUUACCAAAAAGACAUUUUCUGAUUACUACACAAUGGAAUUGGGUGAUGAGCUUGGUCAUUCGGGUGAAUACGUGACAAAAGCAGUUAAAAGGACCUUUAGUCCGCUACAGCAUCUUACACAACGAUACAUGGAUUCUUGGAAAGAUGGUAAUCAGCAAGCAUUUUUCAGCAAGUUUUGGUCUAGUGCUCAGAAAGGAGAUGCGUUUUAUUUAGUUCUAGAUAGUACUAAGCGAUUGAUCGAAAACACGCUGGGUCAUGACAAGAAACCUAGCGAUAAGAAAUAA